ACUUUUGUUUACGUCCGUCAUUCAGUCGUAAACUUUCUAAGUUUGAAGUUUCGAUUUGAUGAAUCAUUUCAAGUAUAUUCAUAUGGCCUUAGUAAUUUUUCUUCAGUGACUACUCGCAAAGCAUUAUUGAACGUCUGACAUCCUGAAAUAACCAUCCCUUUCGUAAAUAUCGAAGAAUUCCGUUUACUCAUCUCGCCUUCGGCAUGGUCCUUUUGGAGAAUGACGUGUUUUUAACCCACCUGAAAGAGAUGUUUGCCAAAUCGCGCCAGAAAGGAACAGUACAGCUAACAAUGAAACGAUAUGAUGGUAGAACAAAACCUAGACCGAAAAAUCCUGACAAAGAACUCCCUGAACCCUCUGAACACUUAUGUUUAAUUCGCGCAGUUCACAAAUCUAAAAAACUUAGCACUGUUGUCCAUUCUAAAGAUGUCAAUAAAUUCCAACUAGCAUAUUGCAGUCUACUUAAAACAAGUUUUGAUGGACUUCAGAAACGAUCCAAAAAAUCCAAAUCGAAAGCAACUUGAGAUGGUGAAUUUCCUCUCCCUUUUUAUUUUGUUAUAUACUUAUGUUAUUUUCCAACUUGUUUUUUACAUUAAGAGAUCUAGGCCAGUGUUAUGAAAACGAUUACAGUUUUCUUCCAAGUUUAAAAUCUGUUUUUAAUGUUCAGAGAGCAUUAUCAUUACAACCGGCAAUUCAAUUUACAAUGCAAGUAAAGGAAUGUUGUGAUAUUAUCAGGGAAUUGUGAAAAAGAAAACCUUAGUAUAUUCUUGACAUACGAAAGAUAAGAACUUGAACUCACUGAGUUGCAACCAGAUAUCUCUUGCCUUAAAUGAAUAAUGUUAGCCUUAAUCAGUCUAAUCUUAUUUGAAGUCAGCUUAUUUCCUCUUGUUUAAUUUUUCAACAAAAAACUAAGCAAUAUUGUGCUUUAAAAUUAUGUAAAAGUAUUCUCUACAGCUAAGAAGAAAUUUGUAAGAAGUUGCGAGGCUUUUUGGUUAGUCGGAGAGGAAAUUAGUCAGCAAUAAAGAGGUUCUUUUCACAUGUGUCCAAAUGUACGCAUUCCUAUCUGGCCUUCAAAAAUUAUCAUGAUCAGACUGAACAUGAAAGCAGUUGGCAUUUCAGAUGCAAUCAUCUGACACAAGUAUGGGUUUUGAUGACCGUUUAUUAUUCAGGUAACAGCUCCAGACAAACAGCCAGAUUGCAGACACUCACAUUUCUCUUAUUUUUUUUACCCAUUCCCAUUGGUAUUUGAGGGGACUUGAAAUCUGUAAUUGCUGCCUUAUGUUUGAAUACAUAUCCUGGACGUAUUUUCACUCUUCCUGGAACAAAGUGAAUCUUGUCAGGCGUUAACUUCAUUUUCAUUAUACCUACUGCUGACUCUUCUUUUCUUUUUCGAGAUAAUUACUCCUUAUGUUUUGCACCUAAGUACUUUUGUCAUCUGAAAUUUAUUGAAUAAACACAAAGGAAGCUCAUGAUCAAAGAAAAAUCUCACUCUUUUGAUCACUCUCUCAAAUUGGACACUAGUUAUAUUCCUAUGUUGUUUACAGAUCUCUAGAAUGUAUUUCUGUUUCUUUGGAGAAGUUUAUAUUUUCUCAAUCUAAGUAAGUGAGUAAAAGAAGCCUCAAUAGACACCUGGGUAAGAUAACUUUCUCGCCACUUAAGAUGCAAAUCAAAUAGAUUAUUUUUAAGUAGAAUUAGUAGGGGUAUGUAUGUAUGGUCAUAUUAUGCCAUUUGACCAAAAAAAACCCUGAUAUCAGGUAUAGUAAGGAAAGUUUAGGGAUGCAAUUCCACUUUUCCUGUGUAUUUUUGACUGCUAAAUCCAAAAAUGACCCAGCCUUUUCUCCAUCGGCCACUAAUUACCAGAAAAAUCCUGAUUAUUGAGGAAAAUCUUGAUUUUCUGCAAAAUUAGUGGCUCGUUAGGCAAGACUAAUGUCACUUUCGGACUAAGCACUGAAAAUUACAUUGAAACUACCCAUGAAUUCUUCAACAUUUUCAAUAAAUAAAUUUUGCAGA